GUUCGUUCGUGAGCUCUCACCGUAAACAGAGAGCCUUUCCGUGCGUAAAAGCUUUUGUAAUGCGGGGUGAAUGUGUGUGUAUGUGCAUAGCCUCCUCUAUGAGGCUCUGGUAUGUGUGACUCGAAUUUGACAGUGAUCUCAGGCGCUCUGUACCGGAACUCAGCUGCUGUGCUUUUCCCGUGCUAUUGACGCAACUAACUGACUACUGAGGUCGCGGACCGAAAAGCAUCGAGGAUUAUUGCCUGUCAGCGAAGCUCGCGAGACUGAAGGCACCCUAAACACAGCAGUGCUUGCGUCCGGAAAACUAGCGAGGCAGCGCUCCCGCUGUGGCGACUACUGCAACUACUACUACUGCCGUCGGGGAUCGCCGCGCUCACCGACCUGACUGUGUGUAUGAAGCGUACGGCUGUGCGAGGUCGGUCGAUGAGUCUCUUCUGUUUGCGGAAGAAGUGAUCGACACUGAGGACAAGCGCGAGGAUAUCGGCUCGACUUGAGACUGACACACCGACGCACUUCCGCCUCACACCUGCAGUGGUUCACAACCUGGAACGGCGCUGCCAUAAGACGGGAACAAUAAGAAACCUCGGAGACACCGGAAGUGUGUUGCCGUGACUGCUUGCAGCAUCCGAAGGCCACGGCAGCAGCGGCGGCGGUUGCGGCUGUAGCAGCUGCAGCCAUGCGGGGUCGCGUCUGCGGUUGCCCCGAGACGACGAGAAGGCCGGGAGUGGUGGUGGUGCCGGCGCUGCGCUGCUAAAGCCCCUAAGCGGCCACGAGCCACAAAACCCCUUCCCUCUACCUCCGCACAAACCAACUGCCCCGCGAUGACGUCCAGCUGCCUGGACCUGAGCGCCAAGAUGGCGCCGUGCUUCAUGAGUCGCGACGACUCUCACUUCACGCCGCACGGCUCGCUCCAGCAGCAGCACCAGCAGCAGCCCCACUGGGCGCGGGGCCACCGGCGCACCAAGAGCGCCGGCAACUAUGGGCCCCGCGACCUGAGCAUCUACACCACCAUGGGCCUGUACGCGCACCACGGCACCACGCUGCCGCCCCUGGCCCAGUCCGAGUCCACGCUGGCGCUGGCGCCGCUCUACGAGUGGCAGCAGAGGCACCACCAGCUUUCUGGGGCCGGUGGCAGCUCUUCGGGUCACCACCACCUGCACCACGUGCACCACCACCACCCGCUGUCCGAGGUGACGUACAGCAGCGCCGCCGAGUUCGCCAGGGCGGGGGGAGAGCACCGCGGAGAACGCCUGCUCAGGCCCGACCUCGGUGAGGUGGACCCAAACUUACGAGAGUGUGGCAUCCUUGGCUGUCGGCCGCGCUGGUUACAGUACUUUGCCAACAUACGAGUUUUUGUGUUUCUCUCGUGCCUGCUGGUCACCCUACAGCAAGCACUGUCCACUGGAUAUGUAAAUAGUGUAAUUACAACAAUUGAGAAGAGAUUUGAUAUCCCUAGUCGAGUGUCAGGAGCCAUUUCAAGUUCAUUUGAGAUUGGAAAUCUGCUGACCAUUAUUUUUGUGAGCUAUCUUGGGAGCCAUAGGCACAUUCCUGUUUGGAUUGGCAAAGGAACCAUUGUAAUGGCAAUAGGGUCUUUUGUCUUCUCUCUUCCGUACUUCAUGGACCAAUCUAACUCUCCAAGUAUUUAUAGGCUCAAUGUCACUCGCAUUGAGGAUGAAAACACAUGCCAAAUGCCCACAGCUGCCAUGGUGCCCGAACACACAAGCAGCCAUUUCAUCAACCCACCCCUGUCACCAGACGCUGAACAGAGCUGCAUCGAUGGCAGGUCUUCGAAUGCCUUGUAUAUUUUCAUAUUUAUGUGUGCCCAAAUCCUCAUCGGGUGCGGUGGGACACCCAUUUUUACCUUGGGAACAACCUACAUCGACGACCAUGUUCGGAAGGAAAGCUCUUCCAUGUAUAUCGGCUGCAUGUACAGCACAGUGGCCUUUGGCCUGGUGGUGGGCUAUUUGCUGGGUGGAUUCCUACUGUCCCAGCACGAGAAUUCCUUCCUUGGCGGCACCGUACCACGAGGGAUCUUUCCUGGUGCACCCCGGUGGAUCGGCGCCUGGUGGGCUGGAUUUGUCCUGUGCGGCAUCUUUCUCAUGCUGGUUGCAGUGCCUUUCUUCGCAUUCCCCAAAGCCCUGCAGAGAGAGAAAGCACGCCUGAAGCGUGACGAAGAGUACAUGACUGGAGGAACUAAGAUGGUCACUGGUGUGAACCAGAAAGUGGAGGUCUGGAAACCCACCGGAGCCACAGACCCGCACAGCGCGUCAUCUUCCGAGAUUCCGCAAAAGCAGAAAUACGGCCGCGACAUUAAAGACAUCCCAGCGUCCAUGUGGCGCCUUCUCUGCAACCCGAUCUACAUGGUGACUUGUCUUGGCUCCUGCAUGGAAUUGGCCAUCGUCAGUGGCUUCGUAGUCUUCCUGCCCAAAUACCUGGAGACGCAGUUCAACAUCGGCAAGUCACAAGCCAACGUGUUCACAGGUGGCAUUGCUAUUCCUGGUGCCUGUGUUGGAAUAUUCCUGGGAGGCUACGUCCUGAAAAAGUUCCAGAUGAGACCAAAAGGGGCCAUUCAAUUUGUGCUCUGCUUCAACCUGCUGUGCAUGGGUCUCUACACGUUGUUGUACUUCUUAGGCUGUGAUAACAUUCGAAUGGCUGGGGCCACACUUCCUUACUUUAACAAUAGCAGCGAGCUGGAGACGUUCCAGGUGAAUUUAACGGCCGACUGCAACAUGGGCUGCCGCUGCUCGCCCAACGACAUCGAGCCCGUGUGUGGCCGUAACGGCAUCACAUACUUCUCGCCGUGCCACGCAGGCUGUCGGCCUGGCGCGGGCCACGGAUCGCACCUGAACUACACGUCGUGUGCCUGCAUCGUGCCUAAUGUGACCAUGAACCCCGAAGUGACGGCGGUGCCACUAGCAACCAGCGGGCCGUGCCCGCAGCCGUGUUUGGCAUUCAUCCCGUUUAUGGUGCUACUGUUUGCCAUGACCUUAGUGGUCUCCAUCACUCAGAUGCCGCUGCUAAUGAUCAUAUUGCGGUCUGUCGGAGAAGAAGAGCGGUCCUUUGCAUUGGGAAUGCAAUUUGUAAUAUUUAGGCUAUUUGGUUACAUCCCAGCACCAAUAAUGUUUGGCAAUGUGAUAGACUCAUCGUGCAUCCUUCGAAAGGCCCACUGCGGCAAGCCGGGAGGCUUCUGCUUAGUCUACGACAUUGAGCAGUUUCGACUAAGGUACAUUGCUGUCUGCUCUGGCCUCAAGGUUGCAGCAGGGCUACUGUUCUUCCUCGACUGGCUCCUGAUAACGUGGCGGCACAAGCGUGAACUCAAGGAGGCUCCACCCAUGACGGUCGGAGAAAUCGUCUCCUCGAUCAUCUCACUAGACCGUCUCUCCGCACUCGGCUGGGGUGAAGAUGAGCAAAAAGAAGAUGUCCUCCCGCUAGGGAUUUGUGCGGAGGACAUUGCCGAUGGCGGCAACGACAAUGCGGCCCACCCGAGCGAAGAGCACAGCGACAAGGAGCGGCACUGUCAGCCGCUGCUCAGGAACACAGCGGCUCAGCCGGGAACAUCGGAACUGGUCUGCUAGUGACUCCAGUACAGUGUGAAACUUUGUGUGAGUCACGUGUGACGAGUGCGGAGUCAGCCCGAUCUUGAUAUGCGCGUGCACGACAGGUCGACAAAUCAGGCUCUAGCCUUGCCGUUGCGACGGUUCCUUCGACUGAAAUCACAACGAAAGCUGAGCUGGAUUUGCCGGCAUGCAAAUCCGAAUUGCCUUUCAGCGAGGGAACAAAAUAGCCAUUGUUCAGUUCAGCUGUUAGAAUUGUUCCGGAAUUCUUCGUCAGUAAUGAGAAGACCGUAAAGUGAAGUUGUUGGCUCAGCAUUCAACCCAUCUGUCGUGUGCCAGCAAUUAGCCCCAAGUUCCGGACAAAAACGACAAUUUCCCGGUUCUGUUCGCCACAGAUUAUGGACUCACUAUGUGGUGUAGAUGCUGCAAAAGGUCAUACCGGAGCUGCCAGACUGUGAAGGAGACUGCUAAUAGUGAAAAGAAAAACAUAUAAUAAUGUUGCAGAUUUGGUUUCAGGGCUUCUUCAAAAUGCCAGCAACCACUGCGUCUCAAGUGCUCUGUGGCUGCUUCCAGAACUGCUGUUCGCAACGUGUGCUGGUAAUAUGCAGACUUUAGAGUGCCUACAGUGUUUACCUUGGAGAUUCGAUGGUGUUUACGACACGAUGAGUUUCGGAUAAGUAUCACCCGUCAAAAGCCGCAGCAAACCAAGUGCUCGUUCGAAGUGGCGAAUCAUGCCUGCAAUCACCUCUUCGGCAAUUUUUUUUUUUCUUUCCUGCCUCGAAAUGAUUGUUUUUCAACGUUAGCCUAUCGAGAUUGUUAUUCUUGUGCAUGAUGCCAGUAGUGCUUGUUUGGCGCACAACUCAUCCACAAUGUCACAGUGUACAAAUAUGAUCAUAUGGGGAAAGUAUACCUGCAUGUUGGGAGUCACACAAUUUUGUUGCUAACAGCAGGCUAAUUCUUUUUCGUCCUAUUCUUCUCCAAAUGGUCUUGCAUUUACAUAAUGUCUUUAUCUCUCUCAACACUGCAUUUUAUGGUAAAGUUCUUGUCUCUCAUGCAUGAACUGUGUUGUUGCUUUUUUUUUCAUCUAUUAAAGGUAGUUUGAAUUACUGACACGAUUUGAGCCGGUAGGUUGUUAUUUUCACAUCUUUCGAUGGACAACAAACUCUUCGUAAUAAAUUUAGCAUCCAAACUCGUCCCAUUGUGACAUCACACGCUUCACAGCAGUUUUGUUUCAUGCUACUUGAACCUGUAAACAGAUAUAUUUUCCAAAUUUGUGAAGUUGUUUUUUCAGUUUUUUUAAACCUUUUUCCCAAUAAACCAGGCCUAACCAGACAUAAGCCUAAACAAAGCAGUCUAGGCCUAACCUGAUGCCACUACCACAAUGCAUGAGGGGUUAUACUUUGCCAGUUCGAAAUUUCAAAUAGUUUAAUAUGCCACCUUCAAAUUAGUAAACAAAAAUUUAGUGCAGCAAGCAAAUUAGAAGUGUGAAACGUGUGGUUGUCAGGUCUGGCAUUAACGUUACAUUUAUUGUCCCUUUAAGGUCUCAAUUUCAUUUUCUCAUUGUCACUGGUGCAUUUGUUAUGGCCGAUUUUUUUGGAGACGAUGAUAUUAGCACCCAGAAAGUCACAAAAAUGUGGUUUGAUUUCGAAAUGAAGCUUCAAUUUAUGACUGCCUCAUGCUAUUCAUGAAAAGGGUGCAAGAAGUUCUAGUACUGCCCGUUGACAUGCUACUGUCAGCAACACUACUGUGUUUUAAAUAAUUUGAUUGCAAACACAUGACACAUUCAUGCACACACACACCCAGGCAUCAAACACAACAGUGCUGUGCAUGUUUGAUGCCUGGGUGUGCGCAUGCGUGAAUGUGUCGGGUGUUUCCGCUCAAAUUAAUUUUUCAAAAUGUUCUACCAACUAGCCCAGCAACAAAUUUUUUCACAACACUAGUGUGGUUGGGGCCUGUGUUUUGUAACAUAUGUUUCCUUAUUUUUUUGUAUUUUUUUUUCGCAUUUGGCUGGUUGCAGUUAAAAUAAAAACGGUACUGCAAUUGUGCAACAUUCAAAUAAACAAGUAGUACUGGAAAGAUUGAAAAGGAACAUGCAUCUUUACAAAAUGCAAAUCUCAAAUGAAAGUUCUUCAUUGCAAAGACAUGACAACUGCACCAGCUAGUCUGAUUUCGUUGCCUUAUAGACUUUCGCAAAUUUCGUUACAUUGGGACUUUUUUGUUGACUUAUACAUGUCAAAUUGCACCCUCUAAUUUCUUUUUCCCCCAUUUCUGGCCUGCCACGUUAGCUUUAUGAGGUGAUGUGGUUAAUUAAUGGCCCUGAAUGAAUUAAAAUUUUAUCAUUCUUCGGUGCUUUAUGUUAUGUUAUUCAAUUACAGCAGAGGAGCAUCACAGGUUUUUCAGUGGCUUCCAUUUUACGAAUUAAUCUCUUCCCUGGUUGAGCAUUUUACGACUUUUACAGCUAAUCUUCCUAAAGGUAUUGCCUUGUUCUAAAUGGUUCAGUGGACCAGAUACACUGCCUAUGGUGUGCAUGUGUGUGGCAUAUCGCCAUUCGCCCUUAUCUUUUUUCGCAUCUUGAUAAAGUAUGGAACUGUUUAGUCGAAUCUCGUCAUAACAUUGUCACAUUUAUCAUAAAGGCACCUUCAUUGUACCGUGCAUUUCUAAAUUACGUGCUGCUGAUCAGUAAAGCAUUUGAGAUUAACCUCAUUACAAUAUUUGAUCGUAUAUAUCUGUGAUUGUUAUACCGUGGUCGACUUGUCAUUCUUUUGUGAGUUGGUCGUAUCUCAACGAAAGACCUAUGGAAAUCGGUAUUUUUUUUUUUUUUUCGUCUUGCGGCGGUAAUUUUUAUUUUAUGUUGCAUAGUAUGCCGUGUUCUUUCGUGUGACCCUUUUCCUGUCUUCAUUCUGAACAACAGCAUAUUCUUAGCGAUGCCAUUUACUUCACUCCCUAGUUAAUUGUUUUUUACCUCCUUUGUGUGCAAUCUCUUCACUCUGUACUUAAACUACAGUCUCUGGACUCUGCAUUUGCCUGUUGUUUAGUUGAUCAUGGUUCAAAAUGUUGUAUUGAAAACUGCAUGCAAUAAUCAAAAGUCAGCCAGUUUUGUGUUUCGCAGUCAUAGGACAUCAGUCUAUAACAUCUGUAUCACAGUGCUUUAACAUCAUAGAUGUAAAUUUCAACUUAUUGUGCUGAAAAUAGCAUAUAUCCAUACUAUUACUGAAAUUACACACUUCUGAAUUUAGCGAAAGCCACUACAAGAAACACAUUCAACUAAAGAUCAACAGCGAAGAAAAAUGUACUAUAUGUAUGAAAAGGGGAAAACUACUUGUGGAAAUUUAAGAUGAACUCAGCCAAUUAGUCAGAUAUUUACAGGUAAGGCAAUUUUUUUUUUCCCUUUUGUCAUGUUUGUGUCAUCAAAAAUGCAAACUUUGUUUGCACUGAAAAGAUUGAAUUCUCUCUCAGUGUUAGCAGGAAGUGCAGCAAUAGUAAUUUUGCUCUUUUAUUAUUAUUUUUUGUCUAUCUAUAUCACUUUUAGCGAUGACAGAAAGUAAUUAAUAUUGAAAUCAUGGAGCUUCAUUGGCUGCAUGUACUUCACCGGAUUGUGCUCCCAACACCACAGGGCUUUAUCGUUUGAAAGGCGAUGGAUUAAAGUGGUCAGAAAGUCUUGUGUGAUGCAAUAAUAUGACCUGAUAUUAGCAAGAUUUAGCAGUGUGUACAGUGUGUCCGUAAUAGCACUGCAUAGGCAAAGAACUCCAUGCUUCACAUUGUAUAUGUGCAGUAGUUCUGCACAAGUGGAUAAAAAUAAAAAGUGGUGUGCCUGCAAAUUCAACGCCGUUAUGGGUGCAACAUACAAAGUGCUAAAGCCUGUCAUUUGUAGCCAUCAAAGACAUAAUUUAUUUUAAUGCAAAUCGAACAUGAGAGAUUGUGUCACUCGCAAAGUUGUUGUUUUUUUUGCUGUUUUUUAAUGAAAAGACUUGACCUUUUGAUCACAUUACAGCCUGAAACUAACCUAAUAUAACAUGACAGAAUCUCGGCAGUCAGUGAACAACAAUCCCAAAGUCGUGUUCAAGUGCAAAUGUGAUACAGCGUGAAGUAUAUUGUCACAGGUGGCUCUCGCCUUUCGUCGUGUAUAUAGAUGUAUGUAAUAGAAUAGAUAUUUUAACCGAGCAAGAUUUAGGACUUUGCGCUAGUGUGUGACCACUUUGUGCACUAAGCCCAUCUUAUGAAGGGCAAAAAGGAGCCACGUGUUCUUUCAAAUUAUGGCAAUAUCUUUGUGCUGAGCACAUAAGUGUAGUUGGUAUGCCUGGUGAGUACACACAAAAGCAUUGUUCUUCUCUUAAGCCUAGAAAGACACUUCUCCCAUCAUUAAAGAAUUCAACACUACACGUGCGAUGUUCGGUUCAAAUUGAGCUCCAUCACUACACAGAAGGAAAGGACUUCAACAACAUAUGUUGGUCUCGCGUCGGAAAACGCUAGCUCAUCUGAUUUCUGUGCUGACCGAUUGUUGGUACAGCAUUGUCUGGUAUUUUUAAUUGGAUAGAAAAAAAAGAAGCAUGAAAAAAGACAACUAUCAGCAUACACAUACAUGUUAGAAAUAAUUUACUUUAAUGUUAAAAUUAUGCAAAUGAGUGGUAGAGAAGGAGGAUGCAGACGGCAUACCAGUAGUACUAUUUUAGGAGCAGAUUUUUUGUGCACAGGCCAUGAAUGAAGAGAAGCUCGAGCCAAAGACACCAUUUUGUAGUUACUCAUUGGUUUGUGGGAGCAGGAUAAUGGCAAGAGGUGGUUACUACACGUACUUUAGAAAUUCUGCACUGCACUUCUGUCAUAUCACAAAAAGUUACUGGCUCUUCCUUGUCUUGUGCUCCUCUGUACUUGCCUGGGAUCUGUACAGAAGAACCUUGGAUUCAGUGAAGUUCUUUGUACCGACGGUUAUCUCUAGGAGAAACAGUCUCAAAUCAAGUAACUGCAGACCCCCAGUCUGGCAUAACACAUUUUCUUGGUCAUAAUUAUUCAAUGAGUUGAAUCAAGUUUGCAGAAGUACAGUGUUCACAGAAACUGCGGUAUUAGUACCAGAACACUUGGUCGCAUUCGGGGAGUUGCUGCAGAAAUGUUCUUGAAGCAAGCAUAUCUUUUCCAAAAAUACCGUAAACAAAGUUGACAGCUACGAGAAAAGCAAAUGUACUCUGUUGUAAUCACAUUACUUCAGCCUAAAGAAGCAAAGCAGUUUCCUCUUGCCUUAUGAUCUAGUAGUUCUUUAUACUAGAGCAUGCAGCUAAUGAACAGUCUUCUUACAAUGACUAAAAUUACGUAAGUAGUAUUCUUCUGGUGUUGCCAGCUGUGUACGUGGCUAGGUUCUCUCUGUAUCGUACAACGUCCUGGGCAAGUGAUGUUUACGAUAUUUAGCACCCAACGGUACGUUUUGUACUCAACUCUCCGGGCAGUUUCAGUUGUGGCUGUCUGUCUCCUUGUUCCGGGACCUCCUCAAGCAAAAGAGCUCUGCAGCAAAAAAUAGAAAACUGAAGCCGGCAUCUACAAAGAGCUUUUAUCGCUAUGCACCAUCCAAUAUUUCAACAGUUAUAACAGACUGCAACAGACAUGUUUUGUGCUAUACUAUUUCGAUAAUAGAAAUGUAAAUGUUCUUAAAAUAAAGCACAAUAAACCAGCUGUUUAUAAACAAUAACUCGUGAUGUACUGAUUCGCCCGGUUAACGUGCUGACAUAGGAAUCUUCAAAUUCUACAGUGAAUCUGCCGUCUGCAUUGUGUGCUCUUCGUUUUGCACAGCAAAGUUUUUUCAAAUUUAGGGGUUUGAAUGUUAAUGUUUCCUAGGAUACCUCGUAUAUCGUGCAGACUUCCAAGUUUGGUCAUCAUGUGUAUUGCGAUAAAAGGGUAUCACGCAGGCAAUGCAGUGAAGCUGACCUUUUGUCAUUUAGGUCAAGUUAUAGAGGCAAAAAAUACUUGUCUGUGAGGCAGAUUUGUAUGUUUGCUUGCGACCCCAUUUCACAUAUAUUGUUCGCCUUCUUAUAUUGUGAAGCAGACGAGUUCCACUGUUCUUCACAUGGAGCAACUUUGUUCUGAUGAUGAAACUUUUGUGGUUUUAACUUUCAUUUCUGCUGCGUCCUACAUAUAAAUGUGUGUCUAUCUAGGAGAUUGGUGUUCUUGCACUAGUAUUUAAAGUUCUUCAGAAUGUUAGCAGUAUGCUAAUCAGCUCUUAUCAGGAAAUGGAUCAGCAAAGGAAAUAGAUGGCUUGUUUUUUGGGGGAAUAAUUGUUACAACACAUCUGUGUCACAAUUACAAAUGAAUCUGCAGAGCAUAACUGUGCAAUUUCUGCUUAUAUAAGAAAUGUUAUCCUUUAGCGCUUUGCUAAUUCCUUUUGCUUAACUGGUACUGAGACCUAUAGAAGUGUAGGCACUUUACUCUGAAACAGUGCAUUGGGAUGUGACCCUGUGCAUAUGCUGUUUUACUUUAAAUAGGAUUGAUAUUUUGUUGCUAUUGUGCAGUCCCACAAAACAGUGUUGCCUAUACACAUAGCUUUGCUGCUAAAUUACCCUGUGGCUUCGUGAGUAGUUGCAGUUUUCAUACUUUUGUUUUUGUACAAGAAGCAUCAUGGCACAUUAAAAGCUGUAUUGUUUGAACA